AUGGGUAUGGACACGAACGGUCACGGCCGUUUUUACUCAGGUAAAGUGUGCACGCUCAGGGUCUUGCACUUUUAACUUCUUGGUGCGAGAAGAACGUGCUGCGUGUCCCCUGAAGUCUCUCGCGUUCAAAGGGCAGCCCUUCCUCCCCCUCGGGUGCCCUCCUUGUCUUGCCACCGCGCUCGGCGUGCGCCAGAGCCGCUGCAGACAGAUCGCACACAAAGGAGGAAGGACUCGCGCUAAAGUUUCAGGGGCCUGACGCCGGCUGCUGCCCCUUUGCAAACGUGCCCUGGGAAACGUCCAGCCCUGCAUGCUGAAGUCGAGGAGACAAGGAGCCGAGGGGACGCCUGCCCGUCCGCAGCGUCACGCUCGGCUCGAGAGAAGCCCCUGGGGAAGGGCGUCGGAGGAGAGGCCGAAGGGGAGCCGGGCUGACAGAGCGAGCCAGCCAGGGACACCCAGCAUCGUUCGCUUCCCUAUCGGCGGCGCGGGCCCUUUGCAGCCUGCCCGGGACAAACCUUGCAGCAGCUCCACUGGCUGAGAGCGGCGAGCGCUGCUGCCAAAACGGCUCAAGCCAAGCGCCCCUUUUCUCCAGCCCCCCCUCCAAGCAGCAGCAGCCGCCAGCCGCUCAAAUGGAGUGGAAAAUGGCCAGUGGUGGCAUAUAGCGCCAUAGAUUAUCUGCUUCACGUUUUGUAUUUAGCUGCCUCUAAUCUGCUUUCCUUUGCCUGAGCCCCCGGGUAGGGGGUCAGGCGGGAGGGAGCCUGUCCUUUGCGGCCGGUACUAUACGCGCUAAUGUUUAUAUGAUUAGCUGAGCCCAGGGGUGGGGAGUCGAGAGAGGGGGGUGGAGACUGGAGGAGGAGGCGGGAGGUGACUCCAGUUCAGAGCGGGUGGAGAGUCUGUGUCAGGAUUUAGCAGUCCCCAGUCACACACACCGAGGUGCAUGAGCGAAAAGGAGCUUGCACUACAAUUCACUGGGAUUGUGUGCGUGUGUUGCGUUACCCCCACCCCCCUUUGCUGUGUGUGUGUUACUAGCUCCGCGCUUGGUUCCAGGGCUCCAGCCGUUCACGGGGCAGCGGCGGCGAGAGGCAGACGAGAAAUACGAGGAGGGGCUGGAACUGUAUCAUGCCAGAGGCCAGAAUGUCAUCCAGGGAGAUGUAAAUUAGGUCGAUGCGAACGACAGAGCCGCGGAGAAGGGAGGGGGCUUUGCGCUGCAAAAUUUGAGUUGGUCGCUCCGGCUGCUCCUGCCAUCGCCUUUUAUUCCCCUUCGUUGCGGAGAAAGGACUCCCAAGGCUGGUCCCCUACCCUGGGCUUGGCACCGUGGUCCACCCCUUUGAUUUAUUGCUGUUAUUUAUUUAUUUAUUUGUGUUGGUCGGGGAGCCUGGCUAUUUUCGACCUUCCCUGCGGAGCGGGGUGUUGGAAACUGCCGGAAAAUGUUGACUUAGCCCUUAGCAAAGCCUACCAAGACCGACCGGCCGGCCGCUUGGAGGAGGAGGAGGAGAAGCCGCCUUGCGUGUGUUGUCCCAGCUCAGCAGCGAGCUGCAGAGCCAGCUGCCUCCCUCUCUCCCGACCCAGCCCAGCUUUCUCCUGCCCGGUCCCCGUUGCGCCUGCUGUUGCUUGAACUAACUCCUCUGCCCCUGGCGUUCAGAGGGGGCUCACCCGGCGCACUCCUCCGGGGCACCCGAGUUGAGCGAGAGAGACCCUGGCCCGGCUUCGGUUCCGCACAGCGAGGUAUGAAGAUCAAUGAUACAGACCACUGGCUUGAAUGAUGCUGGGCAUUUAUAACUGGGUUCAUUAAGGAAUACAAAGAAAAUACUUAAAGGGAUCAAUAAUGGUGUCUUCUGGUUGCAGAAUGCAAUUUUUUUGGUUACUUCUCAUAAUCAGCUUCCUGCAGUGUACAGAAGGUUUCAGCCGAGCAGCAUUACCAUUUGGUUUAGUUAGGAGGGAACUGUCUUGUGAGGGCUACUCCAUUGACCUUCGGUGUCCAGGAAGUGAUGUCAUUAUGAUAGAGAGUGCUAAUUAUGGACGGACAGAUGACAAGAUUUGUGAUGCCGACCCUUUCCAGAUGGAAAACACAGAAUGCUUCCUCCCAGAUGCCUACAAAAUUAUGACACAAAGGUGCAACAACCGAACACAGUGUAUAGUAGUUACUGGGUCAGAUGUGUUUCCUGAUCCUUGUCCUGGAACGUACAAAUAUCUUGAAGUUCAGUAUGAAUGUGUUCCUUACAUUUUUGUUUGCCCGGGGACGUUGAAAGCAAUUGUGGACUCACCGUCUUUAUAUGAAGCUGAACAAAAGGCAGGUGCUUGGUGCAAAGAUCCUCUCCAGGCUGCAGAUAAAAUAUACUUCAUGCCAUGGACUCCAUAUCGCACUGAUACUUUGAUAGAAUAUGCUUCUUUAGAGGACUUCCAAAAUGGACGCCAGCAGACAACUUACAAACUUCCAAAUCGAGUGGACGGCACUGGAUUUGUGGUGUAUGAUGGUGCUGUAUUUUUUAACAAAGAAAGAACCAGGAACAUUGUAAAGUUUGAUUUGAGGACUAGAAUUAAGAGUGGAGAGGCCAUUAUCAAUUAUGCUAACUACCAUGACACUUCUCCAUACAGAUGGGGAGGAAAGACUGAUAUUGAUUUAGCAGUUGAUGAAAAUGGCUUAUGGGUAAUUUAUGCUACGGAACAAAACAACGGAAUGAUAGUUAUUAGCCAGUUGAAUCCAUACACUCUUCGCUUUGAAGCAACAUGGGAAACCACAUAUGACAAACGGGCAGCAUCCAAUGCUUUUAUGAUAUGUGGAGUCCUCUAUGUAGUCCGAUCAGUGUAUCAAGACAACGAAAGUGAAACUGGCAAGAAUGCAAUUGAUUACAUUUACAACACCAGGUUAAGCAGAGGAGAAAAUGUAGAAGUUCCCUUCCCCAACCAGUACCAGUACAUUGCAGCAGUGGAUUAUAACCCAAGAGAUAACCACCUGUAUGUGUGGAACAACAACUUCAUUCUACGAUACUCUCUAGAGUUUGGCCCACCUGACCCUGCCCAAGUGCCUACUACCGCAGUGACAAUAACUUCUUCAGCAGAGCUAUACAAAACCACUGUGUCAACCAUAAGCACGACUUCACAGAAAGGCCCCAUAAGCACAACAUUAGCUGGAGGCACAAAGGAAGGAAGCAGAGGGCCCAAGCCACCACCAGCGGUUUCCACAACGAAAAUUCCUCCUGUGACAAGUUUUUUCCCUUUGCCAGAGAGAUUCUGUGAACCUGAUGAGGCCAGGGGGAUUAGCUGGCCUCAGACGCAAAGAGGAAUGAUGGUUGAACGUCCUUGUCCCAAAGGAACUCGAGGAACUGCCUCGUAUCUCUGCAUGGUUUCCACUGGAACAUGGAACCCUAAGGGCCCUGAUCUUAGCAACUGUACCUCACACUGGGUAAAUCAGCUGGCUCAGAAGAUCAGAAGUGGAGAAAAUGCUGCUAGUCUGGCCAAUGAGCUGGCUAAACACACCAAAGGACCAGUUUUUGCUGGUGAUGUGAGUUCAUCAGUGAGGUUGAUGGAACAGUUGGUGGACAUUCUUGAUGCUCAACUGCAAGAACUGAGGCCUAGUGAAAAAGACUCAGCCGGGCGGAGUUAUAACAAGCUCCAAAAACGAGAGAAGACAUGCAGGGCUUACCUUAAGGCAAUCGUUGACACAGUGAACAACCUGCUCAGGCCUGAAGCUCUAGAAUCCUGGAAAGAUAUGAAUUCUUCCGAACAAGCACACGCUGCAACAAUGUUACUUGAUACACUAGAAGAAGGGGCUUUUGUCUUGGCUGACAAUCUCUUAGAACCAACUAGAGUCUCAAUGCCCACCGAAAACAUUGUUCUGGAAGUUGCAGUGCUCAGUACAGAAGGCCAGGUGCAGGACUUGAAAUUUCCUCAGGGCAGUGAAGGAGGCAAUUUGAUCCAACUCUCCGCAAACACUGUGAAACAGAACAGCAGGAAUGGAUUAGCAAAAUUGGUUUUCAUCAUUUACAAAAGUUUGGGACGCUUCCUCAGUACCGAAAAUGCGACCAUAAAGCUGGGUAGUGACUUCGUUGGUCGGAACAGUACCAUUGCAGUGAACUCCCACGUCAUCGCAGCCUCCAUCAACAAGGAGUCCAGCCGUGUGUACCUGACUGAUCCUGUGCUUUUUACCCUGGAACACAUUGAUCCUGACAAUUAUUUCAAUGCAAAUUGCUCCUUCUGGAACUACUCAGAGAGGACUAUGAUGGGAUAUUGGUCCACUCAGGGGUGCAAGCUGAUUGACACAAAUAAAACUCAUACAUCUUGUGCUUGCAGCCACCUAACAAACUUUGCAAUCCUUAUGGCCCAUAGGGAAAUUGCGUACAAAGAUGGAGUGCAUGAGCUACUCCUUACUGUCAUCACCUGGGUGGGAAUUGUCAUCUCCCUUGUAUGCCUGGCCAUCUGCAUCUUCACAUUCUGUUUCUUCCGUGGCCUGCAAAGUGAUCGUAAUACUAUUCACAAGAAUCUUUGUAUCAACCUAUUCAUUGCAGAGUUCAUUUUCCUAAUAGGCAUCGAUAAAACAGAAUACAAAAUUGCAUGUCCAAUAUUUGCAGGCCUCUUACACUUUUUCUUCCUGGCAGCAUUUGCCUGGAUGUGUCUAGAAGGAGUGCAGCUCUAUCUCAUGUUAGUAGAAGUAUUUGAAAGUGAAUAUUCUAGGAAGAAGUACUACUAUGUUGCUGGCUACCUCUUCCCUGCCACAGUAGUUGGUGUCUCAGCAGCUAUUGACUAUAAGAGCUAUGGAACAGAGAAAGCUUGCUGGCUCCACGUAGAUAACUAUUUUAUCUGGAGUUUCAUUGGGCCUGUUACCUUCAUUAUUCUGCUGAAUCUUAUCUUCCUGGUGAUCACAUUGUGCAAAAUGGUGAAGCACUCAAACACUCUGAAACCAGACUCUAGCAGGUUGGAAAACAUUAAGUCCUGGGUCUUAGGUGCAUUUGCUCUCCUGUGUCUUCUUGGCCUAACAUGGUCAUUUGGUCUGCUGUUUAUCAAUGAAGAGACUGUUGUGAUGACAUAUCUUUUCACAGUAUUUAAUGCUUUCCAGGGAAUGUUUAUUUUCAUCUUUCAUUGUGCCCUUCAAAAGAAAGUACGUAAGGAAUAUGGAAAGUGCUUCCGACAUUCCUAUUGCUGUGGUGGACUACCAACUGAGAGCCCCCACAAUUCAGUGAAGGCGUCGACAACAAGAACUAGCGCUCGCUAUUCCUCUGGCACUCAGAGUCGUAUAAGAAGGAUGUGGAACGACACUGUGAGAAAACAAUCUGAAUCUUCCUUUAUCUCAGGUGACAUCAACAGCACUUCAACACUUAAUCAAGGACAUUCACUGAACAAUGCCAGGGAUACAAGUGCCAUGGAUACUCUACCGCUAAAUGGUAAUUUCAACAACAGCUACUCAUUGCGCAAUGGAGAUUAUAAUGACAGUGUGCAAGUUGUAGACUGUGGACUAAGCCUGAAUGAUACUGCUUUUGAAAAAAUGAUCAUUUCAGAAUUAGUGCACAACAACCUGCGGGGCAGCAGCAAGAACCACAACCUGGAGCGCACACUCCCAGCCAAAGCUGUGAUUGGCGGGAGCAGUAGCGAAGAUGACGCAAUUGUGGCGGAUGCUUCAUCUUUGAUGCACAGUGACAACCCAGGACUGGAGCUUCACCAUAAGGAGCUUGAGGCACCACUCAUUCCCCAACGGACUCACUCGCUUCUGUACCAGCCACAGAAGAAAGUGAAGACUGAAGGAACUGACAGCUACGUCUCACAACUGACAGCUGAGGCUGAAGACCACCUACAAUCCCCCAACAGAGACUCUCUUUACACAAGCAUGCCCAAUCUUAGAGACUCUCCUUAUCCAGAGAGCAGCCCUGAUGUUGAAGAAGAUCUCUCUCCCUCCAGGAGGAGUGAGAAUGAAGACAUUUACUACAAAAGCAUGCCAAAUCUUGGAGCUGGCCAUCAGCUUCAGAUGUACUAUCAAAUCAGCAGGGGCAAUAGUGAUGGCUAUAUAAUUCCCAUUAACAAAGAAGGAUGUAUCCCAGAAGGAGAUGUUAGGGAAGGGCAAAUGCAACUAGUGACAAGCCUUUAAUAGUGUAGCAAAGAAAUACUAAAGGCCACAUACAAGUAUUAAAAAGACUUUAUUGGCCCAACGCAGGCUCCCUCAUAUCUGCUCAAAGAGACUAUUCUGUUCACCCUGUGGUUCUCCGGUGUAAAGGGAAUGACUGGACCUUGCAGUUCUGUGAAUUUUUAUAAAACAAAAACUUUGUAUAUACACAGAGUAUACUAAAAUGAAUUAUUUGUUACAAAGAGAAGAGAUACCAACAAGGUAUUUUAAGAUAUCUUCUGCUGCUGAGUUUAACAAAAUUGUGAAACAAACAAACAAAGAUGAAAACUUUCCAGCCAUUUUACUGCAGCAGUUUGUGAACUAUAUUUGUAAAUAUGGCUGCACCCUCCCCCCUCCUUUUUUGGGUAGGCCUGCAUUGUAUUAUAUACAAGACGUAGGCUCUAAAAUCCUGUGGGACAAAUUUACUGUACCUUAUUAUUCCUGACAAGACUUUCAAAAGCAGGAGAGAGAGAUUCUGCAUCAGUUUGCAGUUCACUGCAAAUCUUUUCCAUUAAGGCAAAGAUUGAAAACAUGUCUAACCACUAGCAAUCAAGCCACAGGCCUUAUUUCAUAUAUUUCCUCAACUGUACAAUGAACUGUUCUUGUGAAAGAUGGCUAAAGAAAUUAUAUUUUGUUCUAUUGCUAGGGUAAAAAAAUACAUUUGUGUCCAACUGAAAUAUAAUUAUUAAAAAUAACUUUAAAGAAUUUGAAGAAAAUAUUGUGAAGAGCUCUUGGUUGCACAUAUGUUAUAAGCUGGUUUUCUUACACUUUGUUCAUAGUACUGUAGUAUGUUUAAAUUCCAAGUUCUACCUGUUUUCACUUAUUUUCCACUGUAAACAGUGUUCUGCUUUGAGAAGUUAAUUUUUAUUCUUAUGUUUGACUUUUUUUUAUUGCCAAAAAAACCAAACAACCGAUUUCCAAGGAGAAAUUUCUCUUAGAAGCCAGUUAUGCCAUGCCUUGCACAAAUUUGGUAAAAUCUAGCCAAGAUUGUAAAUCAAUUCCCUGUUCAUUCUUUAACCAGGGAGGGAAGGGGAGGGCUAAUGGGGACACUGGACACUUCUCUCAAACUUUCUGGUGAACAAAAGGUGCCUGUCCUUUUAAAAAUUAAAUAAAACAAAUAUUAUUCCUCCAUAUUCCUUCUGCCUAUAUUUAGUAAUUUAUUUUAUGAUAAAGAUCUAAUGAAAUGUAAAUUGUUUCAGCAAAAUUCUGCUUUUUUUCGUCCCUUUGUGUAAAACUGUUAAUGAGCCCAUCACUAAUAACCAAUGUAAAGUUUAACACCUGUUUGACAGUAAAUAAAUGUGAAUUUUUUUCCAA